AUGGGGGACCCGCAGAAGACUCCCAGCGUUAUGGGAGUCAACAUGAAGCUGGUGUCUCUGGUGACACUUACAUUCCAAAAUUCGGCACUUAUACUCAUCAUGCAUUACUCGAGGAUCAUGCCAAUAUCUGGUCAACAUCGGUACUUUACCUCGACUGCGGUCUUGCUCAACGAGGUUAUUAAGUUGGCCGUCUCGUUAACGAUUGCGAUGUACGAUAUUUCGAGAACCUUACCUCCUUCUACCCCUGCGACGGUACUAUUCGAACAGUUAUACGGCUCAGUCUUCUCGGGAGAUAGUUGGAAGCUGGCUAUUCCAGCUACAUUAUAUACUCUGCAAAAUUCAUUGCAAUAUGUUGCGGUCAGCAAUUUGGAUGCUAUUCUCACGACGGCAGUCUUUAGUGUCACAAUGCUCGGCAGGUCACUGUCGAACAAACGCUGGGUUGCUCUUGUGAUUUUGACGCUAGGCGUUGCGGUGGUGCAAUUACCUUCUGGCGCUCAAGACACGUCUGUCUAUGACUCCAUCAAUGACGCACAGUCUCGAUUCUACUUCCCCCGAUCGUUUCACGAGAUUGGACAAUUGGGAAAUGGCGCUGCGGAGGUAGCGAGGGAGCUGACCAAACGAGGAAUUGAGACAUUGUCAGGGGGGCUUACCAAACGAUCCGCUACAUAUGAGGGAAUUCAAGAGGAUAUGGGCUUAGUAAAACCACUCAUGAACUACUCAAUUGGCCUGUCUGCCGUCCUUUCAGCCGCCGCUAUAUCAGGGCUUGCUGGGGUUUACUUCGAAAAGGUUCUGAAGGAGUCGAAUACCUACGUUACUGUCUGGACUCGCAACGUUCAACUUUCGUUCUACUCCCUCUUCCCAGCGCUCAUUUUUGGUGUCUUGAUGAAAGACGGAGAGGAGAUCGCCAAGGAGGGGUUCUUUGUUGGAUACAAUGGGGUAGUCUGGACUGCCAUCGUUUUUCAGUCUCUAGGAGGGGUGCUGGUUGCCAUGUGCAUCAACUAUGCCGACAAUAUCGCCAAGAAUUUUGCUACGUCGAUUUCCAUCAUUUUGAGCUUUCUCUUCAGCGUCUGGUUUUUUGACUUCAAGGUUACAUUAAACUUCCUUGUUGGCACAGCACUGGUGAUAUUUAGUACGUACUUGUACAGCGGUCAAGAAGGGAAACGCAAUCGCCCGCCUCCCAUCAAUAUUGUAGAUUAUGAGAAAACCACAAUCGAUAAUGGCUAUACCCCUCGAUUUGAGGAAGACAAACAGCUUGGAGCAACACCAGAUAUCCGCCCACUUGAGUCCUUGAAGAGUGCUGGGCUGUCGACUUCGAGGCCAAGCUCCCCUAUGAGACAUCACUCGCGGGUUGGCUCUUCAAGAAAAGGGAUUAAAAGAGACGAUUGA